UGAAACGUCAGUACCUGGCCCUCGAGGAAAAAAAGGGAGCGAAAAAGGGAGAGAGGAGGGGGAGAGAGGAAAGGAAGGCGGAGGGAGGGGAAGACCUGGCGGAAGCCACAAACCCCAGCAGCCUCGGCACCGGCUGAGUUUCGGGAAGAAGCAUUCGGAUUCUGUGAACUUUCUUCUAAGCAUCCUCUCUCUGAUUCCCUUUUUUGAGUAAAAGAAGGGGAACCGGCCAGUCCCUGGGAGCACAGGACAGGAAACCACAGAGGAUGCUGCCCUGGGAUCCAGGAGCCAUGGAGGAGGAGAGGCCGGGGGAGGGGAAGUGCCGGCGAGGCAAUCUGUUCUCCUGAAGCAGCAAGCGGGAUUCCAGGAUGAGGGAGGGAGACCCUUGUCUGCUGCAGAUUGAUGGCUGUGUCCUUGGAACAGAAGGGAAUUCUGCCCCCGCCUGCUGAACACAGAGCUGGGCUGGGAGAGAGGCACUGGCUCAGGAGAAGUCGCCAAAGCUGUCCUAGUUGACCCCCAUCCUUCACCUCCAGGACACAUGGCUCUUUCCAGCCUUGGCAGGCAACAGUGGGUGUCACUCGGGGUCCUCCCCAACCUGGGGAAAGAAGAGCCUUCUUGGGGAUUUCAGUAGAUGCUGAGGCUGAGGACUCGGGCUUUCAGGAGACCCAUGGAGACCCACUCCCCGCCAGGCUCCCUUCCCAAAACACCCACCCCAGGACCCCCUUGGACUCGAGCCCCCUGGGCCAUCAGGAGGAAUGGCUUCUGAGACCUCCAAUGCUGGAGACCCAGAUGCAGCCCUGGCCUCCUAAUUGGUCCCCGAUGUGGGACAGGGCUCAGGGUUUUUAGACUUACCAGAACCUUUCAUGUCCUCCCCCCUGUCCCCGACCCACCACCAGCACUCCAACAUGAUACAGAGAGGAAGCACCCAGCAGUCAUGGGUGAGAGGAGCACAGAUCUCCAGGGACCCUUAUAUGACCUGCUAGCAGCUGGUCCAGCCCCAUCCUCAGCUCCUUCCUCUCCCAAGUUUUGAUCAUCUUCUCAGACCCUGAGGGGGUUUAGAUUUAUUGUCCCCUGCGCUCCAAAGGGGGCUUCCUGGGGAUCUCACCUAAGGAGCCCUCUGGUGCUUAGAGGCUCUGGGGAAAGGCUUGAGCCAUGAUACCACGUGCCCAGAAGCCCCACCUUCCAGGACUCUGGCCCUGAAGUAGCUGUCCUUCUGAGCCACUGACUCUUGAUUCAUGGACCUAGCCUCAGCUCCAGUGGGUUCCCUACAGUACUGUUGUUGCUAGCUGUCCAAGAUGGGUGACACCUGGUCCCAGCUGCCCUGGCCUGGGCCCCCCCACCCAGCCAUGCUGCUGGUCUGCCUCCUCUUGGCAGCCGGGGUGAUGCGCUCGGACGCCGGCACCAGCUGCCCCGUGCUUUGUACGUGCCAUAACCAGGUGGUGGACUGCAGCAGCCAGAGGCUCUUCUCCGUGCCCCCCGACCUGCCAAUGGACACCCGAAACCUCAGCCUGGCUCACAACAGAAUCACAGCCGUGCCGCCCGGCUACCUCACGUGCUACAUGGAGCUCCGCGUGCUGGAUCUGCGCAACAACUCCUUGAUGGAGCUGCCCCCGGGCCUCUUUCUCCACGCCAAGCGCUUGGCACACCUGGAUCUGAGCUACAACAACCUCAGCCACGUGCCAGCCGAUAUGUUCCAGCAAGCCCACGGCCUGGUGCACAUCGACCUGAGCCAUAACCCGUGGCUGCGCAGGGUGCAUCCCCAGGCCUUCCAGGGCCUGGUGCAGCUCCGAGACCUGGACCUCAGCUACGGGGGCCUGGCCUUCCUCAGCCUCGAGGCCCUCGAGGGCCUGCCGGGGCUGGUGACCCUGCAAAUCGGCGGCAACCCCUGGGUGUGCGGCUGCACCAUGGAGCCGCUGCUGAAGUGGCUGCGGAACCGGAUCCAGCGCUGCACGGCGGCAUCACAUGGUCGCACCACCACCCCAGUCACGCACACAAUAGACUUUGGAGUUCAGCCUCUUCAGUUCCAAGAGGAGAGCCCUUGA